CCGCAUUAAUACACCGGGUAGAAAUCUGCAUGGAAGAAAGUGUGGAUAGUUGCUGGUUUAAAUUUAGAACACACACCAAACAGCUGCCAACAUAGACUCCUAGAUAGUGUGUUUAAAGGUGUACACUGUGUCAGUAUUUGAUUGUUAGCAAACGUUGAAUUCUAUUUAUAAGUAACUUGUUUAUUGCAUGUGGUGCUAAUGGUUUCAUUAAACAUAUUUUAAGGAACAAUUCUUCCAAAAUGGCCUAAAGAAAAAGCGUGAUUUAACGCACAAUACUUUUUAUUGCACUUCUUAAGAUGAUUCCGUUAGCUGAUGUUCAGUUCAGUCAACCCGUGGCCAAACAACCGAAAACACCGUAAUUCAGGUGCUGUCUUCUAGUGUGCGUUACAAGCGCAUUAAACAGCUUCCAUGCUCGACGGAUUACGACGGAUUGUCAACCCAUUUUCCCAGUCGAACAAAUGGUCGCUUUAGCUUAUGUGCUUUUUGUAUUAAGUUGUUGCUACACUACAUGCUGUUAUUAUGUGGGUAACAGCAGUGAACCAGACGCCUAACUGAAUACUGAAGAAUAGAAUAAAAAAUGCUUAACAUGGACCAUCUAUUCACUUUACUGACACGUUGAAGGUCGGAGGCAUGGUGAACGAUGUUUGCCUGUCCAUCGAAACUUUACAAUCUACCGUCGUCCAGUUUACUUCCGUGUUCCUAACUGUGCUGUGAAACUGAUGAAAUGAAAAGCGCACGAGGACAAGACACGCUUAAAGAAGCAUUUGAUGUAUGUAUCGGAAUGAACGAAAAUCGGAAAAAUUAAUUUAAACAUUUUGCAUGAAAGCAGUAGGAAAACGGUGAUGGUCGACGAAUUGGUGGCAUUGAACUUGAAAAUUCAAGGACACCGCUCUAGGCUGGCACACGAUCGGCGAAUCAAAGGGCCAUUCGCGUUGAAAUGUUCAGUUUGUUCUUAGAAGCUGCACAUGACUACUUCGUCUAGGCGGCCUACGUGACCAUACUGUUAUUAACUAAAUGGCAACCUACUAGCAGCAGGUGACAAUCGCACCGGUACAGUUAUAACAAGCGCCUGUUAACAGAAUGGGCGGAGAAUGCAUCAUUUACGUAUCGCCCUUCACUAUUUCAAGUGGCUUUACUUUGGCCGCUCUUUCCGGACUUUGACUCAGUUCGACUUCGAGAUCACUCAACUAGUGAUACGAUAAGUAAAACAUGUAUCAUUGCUGACGCAUAUUCUAGAUUGCAAUAUUUUUUUCUACGUGCAUUUAGUAUUCCGUCUGAUAUUAGAAACAUUGGUAUCAUGCAAAAAGCUGUGUUGGAAUCUGUGACAAGCAUAAGACUCGAGAAAAUACUCAUCAAACAGUAUUCGUUUGGUUAUACAAUACAGUGUCAAGUGAGAUCUGUUCCUUAUCAGUAUUUGUCCAAAGUCGCUCUGAAGUGUGUCUCUGAAAUUUCGUUACCUGCCGCAAAUCGGAACAGAACGGCUAACCCAAAACCAGUGCGAGAAGGUAGGCCGAACCACUGAGUCGCGUCUGAGUCUGGGAUAGCGAAGUGAUCGUGAGAACGAAUCAAACACCGUAUGAAAUCCAUCUAGUCCGUGUCUGAAUAUUUUGAACCGGAGUGCCGUGAAGAGAUAGGUUUUUUCCAGUGCCUUAAAAGCGUGUGGCUAUGAAUACCGUGACGAUAACAGUAGCACGCGAGCGACCGGUUUCGAUUGAUGACAAUUUAACAGUUAUGUCUUUAGAGGAAACUCGACGCACACAGCGACCAUACCGCUACGGUAUGAUGCUGUUAUGCGUAGGUGCCCUAGUCAACUGGUUGGGACUAGCAGAAAACUACUCGGAGCCCGUGAGGUAUGCUGGUGUAGCUUGUAUUUUAGCCGGAGCCUGCCUUAUUUGCACUGCCAUGUGUUGUUGGUUGCACACUCCAAAUCGACCUGGAGCUGGGGAUGAGAAUGACGAUGGAGUACAUCGGAUAAGUGCAAAUGAUGAGAGAAGACAGGAAAAGCCACCUGAUUACGACACAGUUGCUGUAGCACCGCCUAGCUACGACGAUGCAAUCAAGUUAGAUCCUGCAGCGCUUCUUCGCCUAUCACUAGCCUCGAAUGGUGCACCUAGCCAACCCUCCGGCGAUGGCCAAACCUCAUCAUCUCGUCCCAGCUCCUCUCAUAUGUCCGCCGUUGGCCACCAGCACUGUCCAGAGAGUGGAGUAAGCGAUUCACCGGCACCAGAAUGCUCGGUGUGCGUUAUUGACGAGAAAUCAUGCCCGGAAAAACCUCCUCCGUAUGACGAAUCAACGAUUUCUAAUUCGGCAUUUCAAGUUCCACGUAACAAUCUGGCGACAUCUACCGAUUGAUGGAUGUACCCCAUCAGUGUU